ACUCCUAUAUAUAUGAGAGCACAACAAAUUCAAUAUCAAACAAAAGAUAUGUAAGACAGACCAUAAGAAGCUUUAUAUAGUAUACACCAAACUAUGCAAAAGCCAUCUCAGAGAACUCCUCCUGAUACACAUUCAUACUCCUGAUCACCAUUCAUAUAAACGAACCAUUUAAUCAUCAUCAUCAUCAUCAACAACAACAAGAUCUUCAUAGCUAGGGUUCUCGUCUUCCAUGAAGUUCUUCACCAAAUUCCGCAAGAUUCUCAUGAAGAUCAUCUUCACCCUUCCUUCCUCAUCUUCCUCUGCCACCGUGCGCCGUCACAAAACCGCCAACUCAAUCAAUGGCGGUGAGAGGCUAGAGACGCCGAAGAUAUCGUGCAGUAAUUCGUACUACUCCUCUCAUUCUCACUACAGUGAAGCUAUCUCAGAUUGCAUUGACUUUUUCAAUAAGUCAUCGAUUAAUAAAAUGUCUCACCAAGAACCUAAAGACCAAAUUGUUCAUGAUCAGGACUGUUUUUACGUAUUUUCAAACGUAAAAGAACCGAUGUGAAUGUAAUCAUGUUCUUUUUUCCCUUUUAUGUGUGUGUUUUCUUAUUGUGCUCGGGUAUCAC